UUCUUCCCGUAUAUCCUUCUGCUCGUCGCUAUCCUGCUGUAUCUACCAUGUUUGUUUUGGCGCUUCACUGCAGCACCUCACCUUUCUUCAGACCUGAAAUUUAUUAUGGAAGAACUUGACAAAGCCUAUAACAGGGCAAUCAAAGCUGCUAAUAGCAUCCGCAGUGGAGACCCCAGGGACCCUACUGACUUGGUUCCAGCUGUUAAUGAGAACUUGACACAGAGUUUGUGGGAAAUAUCUGAAAGCCAUUUUAAAUACCCAAUUGUGGAGCAGUACCUGAAAACGAAGAAGAAUUCCAAAUGCCUAAUAAUUAAAUACAUUAUCUGCCGUUUACUCACUCUGGUAAUUAUUUUCAUUGCAUGCCUCUACCUGGGCUACUACAUUAGCCUCUCCUCUUUGAGUGAUGAGUUUCUCUGCACUAUAAAAACUGGGAUCUUAAAGAAUGACACAACUGUUCCAGAAGUGGUUCAGUGCAAGCUUAUUGCUGUUGGUGUCUUCAAGGUACUCAGCUAUAUUAACCUGCUAGUCUAUCUUCUAGUGAUGCCGCUGGUAGUGUAUGCAAUGUUUGUUCCGUGGAGGUGGAAUUCAGGUAUCCUCAAAGUGUAUGAAAUCCUGCCAACUUUUGAUGUUCUGAAACUCAAGUCAAAGUGUUUUGAUGACUUAAGCCUUUACCUCCUCUUUCUUGAGGAGAACGUGAGUGAACUUAAAUCAUUUAAAUGCCUCAAAGUGCUGGAGAACAUUGCAGUUUCUGAGAAGUUUGACGUCAUGCAACUUUUGGUAAACCUUGGUACUAUUAAGACUGAUACCGUGGAUGGGAAGCCAGGGACAGCUGUGUUGGAGAAGCCUGAAGAAACAACUACAGAAGAGCCGGAAAAAAAUGCAACAGAGCUACAAG